GUCUCGGCCGUGGUGAGUCAUCUCAGAACGAUGGGAGUCCAAGUCGCGACCACGCAAGCAGGCAACGGCGAACGCCCCAAGCAAGGCCAGACGUGCGUGAUGCACUACACUGGCAAGCUGGAAGACGGAACUGAGUUUGACUCGUCGUACAAGAAGAACCGCCCGUUCCAAUUCCCCCUUGGUGUUGGCCGCGUCAUUCAAGGCUGGGACGAAGGCGUUGCGCAAAUGUCCAAGGGCGAAAAGGCCGUCUUGACGAUCUCGGGCGACUACGGCUAUGGUGCUCGCGGCGUCCCAGGCGUGAUCCCUCCCAACGCCACUUUGAUCUUUGAAGUCCACCUCGAAGACUUCCAUUAAAUCAUAUCAAGGUUGCGGUGGUGUGAUUGGCAUUAAGUGGGAACGAAAGUGCUCUACUGCAUGAAACGUAAUGUGCUGCGGGGCCACAGCGAGGCAUAUCCGACCCUGUGUGUCGGGCGCAACAAAAUCCACCAGAUCAAAAGGCGAUAUUCAAAGCAUUGUUUGAAAACAAAACGUCGUGUUGUCUGUCGCAUACAAUGGUGGCCAACACAAGCGGGAUGAGGUCGCAAGAAUCUACAAGGUUCAUCUAUUGAUUGCACUAGAACAAUGGCUUAGCGGCAGCGUCGCGGAACGAUUGGAACGACGACAAACCAGGGUAUUGCGCGCGCAACAUCAUCGCGCGGAAGUUCGUGUUGGGCGAUGCGACAACCGGGGCAGUGUUCACGACCGCGGGAGUCGCGACGGUGUGGAAUCCCUGGCGCUGCUUGUGCUUGGGACUCUUGUCACAGAUCACGUACACUUUGCCGCGGCGGCGAACGGUCUUGCACGAGUCGCACAUCUUCUUCACGGACGAGCGGACCUUCAUCUUGAUGGGAUCCUUGUUGUGCGUUGAUGGUUG